UCGCAAACCAUUAUAAAACCUAGCAAAAAAAAAAAAAACCCUAAAAACACACCAGCCGAUUAGGGUUUCAAAGAUCUCUACAAUCAUGGUGAGAUAAACUUCAUCCGUAACCCUAAUCCACCCCCCAUUGCCGGCCGUUCGGCACACGUAAUUAAUAUCUUACGUAACCCUUUUUGCCGGCGGACGUGGAAACAACGGAGAUGGCGGCGGCGACAGCGGGGAAGAAGAACAGGACGUUCAAGAAGUUCAGCUACCGCGGCGUGGAUCUCGACGCACUCCUCGACAUGUCCACCGACGACCUCGUCACCCUCUUCCCCGCCCGGGCCCGGAGGAGGGUCAACCGCGGGCUGACGAGGAAGCCGAUGGCGCUGGUCAAGAAGCUGAGGAAGGCCAAGAGGGAGGCUCCCGCCGGUGAGAAGCCGCAGCCGGUGAGGACACACCUCAGGGACAAGAUCAUCGUCCCGGAGAUGAUUGGGAGCGUGAUCGGCGUCUACAAUGGGAAGACGUUCAACCAGAUCGAGAUCAAGCCGGAGAUGAUUGGUCACUACUUGGCCGAGUUUUCGAUUACUUACAAGCCGGUCAGCCAUGGCAGGCCUGGUUUGGGUGCUACCCACUCUUCAAGGUUCAUCCCUCUCAAGUAGUUGUGGUGUUUCGUGUGGAUGUUUGGUUUGGUUUGGUUUCGUUUUAGUUUUUUUUUUCCGUUUUCCGUUGGUGUUGUUGGGCUAGGUUUGAAUCUAGUGUGUUGUGGAUGUUCUGUUUUUUUUUUCUUUUUCGGUGUGAUGUCGAAUCGUGAACUUGGUUGUGGAGUUGAUGGUGAAUGAUUUGAAUGCUUUUUUUUUGGGAUUGUUUGUUCAUCAUUUGGUGUUGUAGAAAGUAAUGGUUUUUGUUCAUCAGUACGUACUGUGGUUCUGGUGAAAUAAUAUUAUGCAUGCAUG